GACUGGCUAAGCGGUAAAUUUAAAAACAUUUAUUACAUCGUCGCAAAGAUGCGGUUAACAGUAAGCGAUUAAAAAAUAUGGUAAUUGUAGACAUUAGGAGUUGGUAGUGUUAUUAAUCAGAUAUAAACAUAUUCUAGUUUAACCGUAAACAUAUUGGACUAGACGGCUGGGAAGAAACAAUGGACAUCAACUCCUAUUUUCAGGCCUUUGAGCUGAGCGUGCGCAGUUAUGCUGGAGAUGAUCCACUCGACCCCUGGGACAAGUUUGUACAGUUUCUGGAGAGCAGGAUGUCAGCGGAGGAGAAGAAAGGUCUUUCUGUGGUGCUGGAGAGACUAGUUCAGUCCUUUCUUCAAGACGAGCGCUACCACAAUGACGUGCGAUACGUCACUCACUGCAUCACCUGUGCAAACUUAUACAGCGAUCCGAUGGAAGUGUACAGUUAUCUGCACGGCCGAGGUGUGGGGACGCAGACAGCGGCGCUCUACAUUGACUGGGCUCAGCAGUGCGAGAAGAAAGGGCAGCUGGUGCAGGCUGAGAUGGUGUAUAACAAAGCGCUGAUGAACAAGGCUCAGCCGCAGGACACUGUGCAGCAGCAGUACAAGUGCUUCCAGGAAAGGACGUCUGCGAGCCCUCAGGCAGCACCGUCAGACCACGUUCGCCAUCCUCUUCAAAACUCCAGGAUGGUCAACCAGAACACCAGACCCAGAGACGUCGUUCAGCCGCAGUGCAAGGAACCAGAAGCGGCAUGUCCUGCUCCAAGAAUGGUCUCCGUCAUCUCCCGGUCUGAGAAUAACCCUGUGCGGCCAGCUGGCUAUACCGCCCCUGAGACGGUGUCGAUGUACUGCGUGAAAGAGCUGCAGUGUGAGGGAUCAGAGCUGUCAUUUGAAGAGCUCCGAGCCAGACGAUACUUUGAUAAAUGCAAACAGCAAGAAGAACAGCGCCGACUGGCGGAGGAGCAGCAGCGGCUGUGGGAAGAGGAAGAGGAGGUGAGGAAGCUUAAGCAGCUGCUGGAUGAUCUGGAGAGGAACAUGAGUCUAAAGCCAGCAGAGCAGACAGACCCCGUGAUGCCCGCUGUUAUGGAGCAGCAGGGCUCAGCAUUUCAACAGGUUGACCCCCCUGUCACGAGCUGUUCCCCUGCGGAGCCGUUCCUUACUGCAGCACUUGACUCCAGCCCUGAGCAAGAGAGUGUCCUGGAGCUGCCAGACGGGCCUUCAGAGAUCCAGAGUAGCGUUCCUCAAAGCAGACAAGAGGAUGUGUGUGUCCAGCCUGAAGCAGACACAUCGUAUGGUGGCUUCAAUCACUCUCAUGUCACUCCAAACACAUCUCUGGGGUUCGUUCAGGCCACACCGUCCCGGGUUCUGCCUUCACCCACCGUCAACACACGCGAGGCUUUGGGUGUGAUCAUGGACAUGUUUCAGGCGCCGACGCUCCUCCAGGAGUCCAUGUUUAACAGCAGUGUUCAGCCUGAGGACAGCUUCGAGAAGAGCUGCAGGAUCAGUAGCGCCCCCUCCUGUGUGAAAGCUGUCAGCGCAACUCCAUUCAAGAUCUACCAGGACCGAGAUCAGCCACAGAGCGCAGGGUCUGAUCAGGCCGGAAACAAACCAGUGGUGAAACGAGCACUGAUGGAAAUCCCAGUGUCCAAAGCCAAUGAGACUCCAGUCAGCACAGAGUUCAUCACAGAUGAGAGCACCAUGUGGGGUGCACGAAACGUCUCUGUGGGCCCUUGUCCGAACCAUACACGUGACUUCAGCCUGUCUGCUCACCUGGUGUCCACGCCGCUGCACCCUCACGCUCCACACUCCUGGGACGUGGAGCAGAGCCAAGAGGAAAAUGCAGCGGUCAGGGGCGUCAGCGCUGCAGAGGAAACCCCAUACCUCCGACAGCCCACUAAACUCAGUCCGAUCAUGGAGCAGAGCCCAGCAGAGGAGAAGCCGGCUGAGUGCAGCAUGCAGGCUCAGGGCACUAUAGUUGGGGAGGGGGUGUCUUUAGCACAGCAGAGUCAAGGACUUUCUCUGGCCCAGAGCAGCUGCAGCAGCAGACACCCGCUGGCUGCUCUGUCCUUCCCGGACCAAACGGCCCUCCGAGCACAGGACGAGUCCCUGAGGAGCAGCAGUAGACCCGCCUGGAGCAUCUACCAGAGCCCAGAGAAGGAGCCCUCGUUCCUGGAAACAGCCAAAGAUGAAGACCUACUGCCCAGCAGCUCCUUCCACAGGCGCUCAUCGGGGAUAAAGCCAUUGGAGACACCGGACAUUCCAGACAUGAGCCCCAGAGCUGCUCCAGGACUCAACUGGUUCCAGAUGGACAGUUCCACACAUGCAGCAGAACCAGAUUUGGAUGUCAUGAUGAGUCCCCCUCCCGUCCAAGGAGCCUGGAGCAUCUACCAAAGCCCAGAGAAACCACCCAAAACAGACUUUCUGUGGGCCAUGAGCCCUGAGCCAAUAGCAGAGCAUGCUUUACACAUGGAGGAAGUAGAUGUUCUGCUUCCUGAAAGGUCUUUCCUGCAGAGGGAGUCAGGGGUGGAGGCGCUGCAAGUGUUGCACGAGUCUCUCCUGAUGAGUCCCAAGCGAACCCCUGCAGCGACUCAAGGGGAGCACUCAAGUCCAAGAGCAGACUGGUCACACACUGCCAGCCCACAGCGGCCAGCAGAACAGCAUCUGGAUGUCAUGACCAGCCCCCCACAGGGCGCUAGGUCCCCUAGAACACCCAUGAGCCCCAUGGAUACAUCCAGAGCAGUGUGCGCUCCUCUGGUGCCGGACCCCUGGGACGAGGAGCUGAUCGUGUCUCUGCUCUCGAACCUGCAGCCUCCUCUCUCCUCACAGCCCAAUCUCACCGUCUGGAGCUGCCACCUGCCCUCCAUCACUCCCAAAAUGACCGUCCAGAUCGCUGGAGAGUCUCUGCGUGUGGACUUUGUUCUGGGACAGGGAGCGUUCGCCACCGUCUAUCAGGCCACCAACCUCAUGACCACACAGAAGCUCUUCCUCAAGGUGCAGAAGCCUGCGAACCCCUGGGAGUUUUACAUUGACUGUCAGCUGAACGAGCGUCUGCAGCCCAGCGAGAGGCAUCUCUAUAACAGCAUCCACUCUGCUCAUCUGUUCAACAACGGCAGCGUCCUCAUCGGACAACUGCAUAACUGCGGCACACUACUGAAUGCUAUAAACCUGUACAAGAGGCGCAGUGAGAAGCUGAUGCCGCAGCCGCUGGUGCUGUACUUCAGCAUCUGCAUCCUGAAGAUGGUGGAGCUGCUGCAUGCGGCACAUAUCAUCCACGCAGACAUCAAGCCUGACAACUUCCUGCUGGGGGAGAGGUUUCUGGAGAACGACUGCUUUGACCAGGAAAACCUGCAGCAUGGCCUGGCUCUCAUCGACCUGGGUCAGAGCAUCGACAUGACACUCUUCCCAGAAGGCACUGCGUUCACGGCCAAAUGCAUGACCUCCGGCUUCCAGUGCGUGGAGAUGCUGAGCGGCCGACCCUGGACCUACCAGACGGAUUAUUUCGGCAUUGCGGGGACGGUUUACUGUAUGUUAUUUGGGACAUACAUGGAAGUCAAACAGGAAGGCGGCGUUUGGAGGACAAAUGGAGUCUUCAAAAGGAACGUUCACGCUGAUCUCUGGCAGGACUUCUUCCACACGCUGCUGAACGUGUCUGACUGCAGCGCUCCUCCGUGUCUGAGCGUCCUCCGCCAGCGGCUUCACGGCGUCCUGCAGCAGAACUACAGCAGCAAACUGCGCAGCCUGAAGAACCGGCUGGUGGUGCAGAUCCUGGAGGAGGCCCGAUCCACACGCAGGUGAUCUGCACGCGGGACACAACGAUGUAUAUAUACACACGUUUGUUUGUGUGUGCGAGUGUGUAUACAGCCCAUUUAGAUCACACACAGGUAUAUCAGCAUAUUUGUGUUUGUGUAUAGCUCAUUUAGGAGCCGGUGUAGGGACACACACGGAUGUAUAUACACAUGUUUGUGUGUUUAUCCCAAUCGGGAGUCUGCAUCCCAUUCAGGAGCAGACACAUGUGGACAAACACACACCUAAACACAGAUAUAUAUACAGGUGUGUGUGUGUGUGUGUACAGUGCAUUCAGAAGCUGGACUCAAAAAAGAUAUAUAUAUACACAUGCAUACAUGUGUGUGUUCAUAUAUACAGCCCAAUUCAAGAGCCAGCACUGUGUAAUUCUUCAACACACACACACAUUUUGCUUUUUGUCGCCAUUUUAAAUGUACGGCUGCCAUUUUAAGUUAAAAAAAAAAAAGAAGUGUGUUGUAGAUUUUGGUAAAUCUUGUUGUUUGUGCGCUCACUCCGUCACAUAUGAUGGCAUUUUUGGACAAAUAAAGAGUUUUGAUUCCA